AUGGAUGAUCUUUAUGACGAGUUUGGAAACUUCAUUGGUGAUGCCGAGGAGUCAGAGGAGGAGUCUCAGCAUGGCAAUGAUGCGAGCGCAUACGUUUACGAUGAAUAUCCAGAGGAGGAACCAGAGGAACCUACGGGGCAGGAAUUGAUGGACCUUGAUGAUGAAGGUCCUUCAAAUGCGGUGAUAUUGCAUGAAGACAAGCAGUAUUAUCCCACGGCGCAGCAAGUAUACGGAGAGGAUGUGGAAACUAUGGUGCAGGAAGAAGAUGCCCAGCCCCUCACGCAACCUAUUAUAGCUCCUGUCGAACAGAAGAAAUUCAACAUACAGGAGGCGGAUCUUCCACCAGUACAUUUCGAUCGAAGUUUCAUGUCCGACCUGAUGAAUUACCCCGAACAAAUCAGAAAUAUUGCUUUUGCUGGGCAUCUACAUCAUGGUAAAACCGCAUUUAUGGACAUGUUGGUUCUCGAAACUCAUGAUAUCACGGAGCGAUUAGAAAAGAAGACCGGAAGGAAGAAGGACGAACAAUUACGUUAUACCGAUAUCCAUGUUGUUGAGCGCGAACGCGGACUCUCCAUAAAAUCCGCACCAAUGAGUCUAGUGCUUCAGAGUACUAAGGGAAAGUCACAUCUUCUAAAUAUGCUCGAUACUCCGGGCCAUGUUAAUUUCGUGGAUGAAGUUGCGUCUUCAUUACGACUGGUAGAUGGAGUAGUUUUGGUCGUUGAUGUUGUUGAAGGAGUCCAAGUCAAUACGGAACGGAUCAUCAAGCAUGCAGUUUUGGAAGGACUGCCCUUGACUCUUGUUGUCAAUAAAAUGGAUCGUCUAAUUCUAGAGCUCAAGCUGCCACCAACGGAUGCUUAUUUCAAGCUCAAGCAUGUUAUUGAAGAAGUUAAUACUGUGAUUGAGGCUACAUUACCAGGUCAAGGGGAGAGCCGAAGACUCAGUCCUGAGAAGGGCAAUGUUCUGUUUGCCUGUACUAGCAUGGGAUGGUGUUUUACUUUGCAAUCAUUUGCGAAAAUGUAUGCAGAUAGCUACGCCCCAAGUAACAAGCGAGGUCCGGGUUUGAACAACGAAGAGAGUGGUAUCAAUGCACACGAAUUUGCCAGGAGGCUGUGGGGCGACAUUUUCUAUAACCCAUCAAGGAGAACAUUCACUCGAAAGGGUGUUGAAGAGAGGUCGAAACGCUCUUUCGUGAAUUUCAUCCUGGAACCAAUCUACAAGCUAUACUCUCACACUAUUAGUGAGAGUCCAGAAGAUUUGAAGGACACUCUGGAAACGCUUGGGAUCUUCCUGAAGCCAUCGCAGUACAGGACAGAUGCCAACGUUCUUCUGAAACUAGUAUGUGAACAAUUUUUCGGCCCAUCAACUGGGUUCGUCGAUAUGGUUGUACAGCAUAUACCUUCUCCGGUGGAAGCAGCAGAGAAGAAACUGGAACGCCAUUAUACCGGUCCAUUGGAUACAACGGUUGGAGCGGCUAUGAAGAAUUGCGAUCAAGAUGGUCCAUUGGUCAUACAAAUCACCAAGCUAUUAAACACAAGCGAUGCUACGGGAUUCUAUUCAUUCGGAAGAGUGCUAAGUGGUAUUGCACGAGCAGGUACUCAAGUGAGAGUUCUCGGCGAAGGAUACUCAAUUGAUGAUGAAGAGGAUAUGAGCGUCGCCACUAUAUCGGAUGUAUGGAUCGCUGAAACAAGAUACAAUAUCCCUACAGAUGGAGUUCCCGCGGGCAACUGGGUUCUGCUUGGGGGUGUAGAUAACUCGAUUGUUAAAUCUGCAACCAUUGUACCCCUUGUUUUACCAAACGAAGAGGAAGCGUAUAUUUUCAAACCCAUUACUCAUUUCACCGAGUCGGUCUUCAAGGUGGCUGUGGAGCCAAUCAACCCUUCCGAGCUUCCUAAGAUGUUGGAUGGUUUGAGAAAAGUCAACAAAAGUUACCCUCUUAUCACUACGAAGGUAGAGGAAUCUGGCGAACACGUCAUCUUAGGCACGGGAGAACUCUACAUGGACUGUGUCCUGCAUGACCUUCGACGAUUAUAUGCAGAGAUGGAGAUCAAGGUGUCUGAUCCUGUCACACGCUUUUGCGAGACAGUUGUUGAGACAUCAGCUAUCAAAUGUUAUGCCCAGACACCAAACAAGAAGAACAAAAUCACCAUGGUUGCAGAACCUCUUGACCAGGGUAUUGCUGAGGAUAUUGAAAGUGGAAAGGUGGAUAAGAAGUUAUUGCUUAGUGUACGGGAUACCAUCCGACAAGGAUUUAGCUGGGCUGCUCGAGAAGGACCACUUUGUGAAGAACCAAUCCGCAAUAGUAAAUUCAAAAUAACAGACGUGAUAUUGGCUCCCGAAGCAAUUUUCCGAGGUGGUGGUCAGAUUAUUCCCACUUCCCGACGCGCAUGCUAUUCUUCCUUCCUAAUGGCUUCUCCAAGAUUGAUGGAACCUGUCUACUCCUGUUCCAUGACCGGACCUGCAGAUUCCGUCACCUCUCUCUACACUGUACUAGCUCGUCGUCGCGGUCACGUCUUGUCGGAUGGUCCCAUCGCUGGUACACCCCUCUAUCGUGUUAGUGGUUUGAUACCCGUCAUCGAUUCUUUUGGAUUCGAAACCGAUCUCCGCAUUCACACUCAAGGCCAAGCAACUGUUUCUCUAGUGUUUGAUCGGUGGAGUAUCGUCCCCGGUGAUCCAUUAGACAAGGAUGUAAUCCUCAGACCUCUUGAACCCGCAAAUGCACAAGCCACAGCUCGAGAUUUUGUUCUCAAGACCAGAAGAAGAAAGGGUUUGAGUGAAGAUGUAAGUGUGGCUAAAUUCCUCGAGCCGGAACUCUUCACCAGUUUGAAGGAGACGGGAAUCUUGGAUGGGUAG